AUGCAUGCCUCGCCACCAAUAUACCUCCCUACUGAGAUCAUCCUCCAGAUCGUCGGGUUCAUCGCGGCCGACGAGUCCUGCCGACAGGAGGCCCUGCAUUCCUGUUGCUUGGUAUCGCGACAAUGGUACUCGGCGGCGAUCGCACCGCUGUAUGAAAAACCUCAUGUCGGCACCGGGGUGGCCUUUGGGCGAUUCACAGACACCAUCAGUCCACCGAUCGGGGCGCGCAAGAGCAAGCUGAACCUGGGCAGUCUGGUCCACCGGCUGGAUCUGAGCGGUCUCGUGCAUCACAGCUCGAACAGCCUCACUGCGAGACUGCUGGGUCGCGUCAAGGAGAAUCUGGAAAUCUUCAUUGCGCCGAAGGUGUCAUUCUCAAUAAACAGUCUCCCCGCAUUAUCCAAAUGCGUCAACCUCCGAUCCCUCGACCUGUCACUAGUCGGCGACCCCAUCCCCUUCACGAACCUCAAACAAGCCCUCAGCCGACUCCGCAAACUCAGCACCCUGCGGCUCCCCCGCUCCACCAUCCUCACGCCCCCCGAAUCCUCCUCCGCCUCCCAAGCCAUCGAGUGGCCCCCGCAGCUCACGCGCCUCCAGCUCAGCGGCCGCUUCAACCCGCUCACCAUCCCAACCUUCGCCUGGCCGCUCUCCCUCACCAGCCUCAGCCUCAAGAACUGCUCCGACCUCUCCGUCAGCAACCUCGGCAGCCUGAUGAGCAGCCCCUACCUCAACCACAGCCUCCAGCGGCUCAGCAUCUCCGGCGCAAACCGCGGCCUGCAGCCCGAGUCCGUCAACGCCAUCCUGGCCUUCCUGCCGCGUCUCACCACCCUCAGCAUCCCCGGCGACAUGGUCGAGGACACCUUCUUCGAGAUCCUGUGCCACAUGGCGCCCGCCGUGGCGCUCGAGGUGCUCGAGUUCUCGUACCCGAGCCUCGAUCCGAACCUGGUGUUUUCGACCGAGGCCCUCAUCCGGGCCCUGGGUAGUGGGCUGGCGAAUCUGAGGGCUGUCGGGUUCGCGGAUCUCUUCUGUACCGAGCAGCGCGUGGAGGAGGACGAGGAUGUCGAGGAGAUCCUGCAGAAACGGGCGGCGGAGAGAUCCGGGGAGGGGGGCUACGAAGAGAGGGAGGAUCUUCUUGUGGGUGUAUAUUAUAUAUGA